AUGAACGCCACCUCGCUGUGCGUCGGCUUGGAUCAAACGGUCCGCGGCUACUUCGCCCAGGCGUUGUCGAUGCUCGACUCCUCGGCACCGCCGCUGGUGCCGCUCUCCCGGGCGCUGCUGAAGCGGGGAGACGACUCCACCUCGAACGCCAUCAUCGCGGCUUUUGCUUGCGACAGCACCUUCGCGGCCUUCGCCAAGAACGAGAUGGACGGCAUCAUCGCUCGCGACGAUGAGGACGCCGAGAAGCUCGCGGCGGGGAUCCGCGAGGCGGUCGCUCGCGGCGUCCUCGAUCCGAACCCGCCGGUGGAGCCUGUGUGCAAGGUCAACGUGGCGGGCAAGUCGGCCGACCAGGUCGCGGGUGAGAUCGUCGCGAAGCUGGGCGCGGAGGCCAGCACCGGCUGCGUCCUCGUCUUGCAAGGCCUCUCCGGGACAGGCAAGGGGACGACGGUCUCCAAACUCGAGAUGCUGCUGCCAAAGUGCGUGUGCUGGUCCAACGGCAAC